GAACUGUUCAAUUAUUUUAACAUUUGCGCGCUUGCUGUAAGGUACAACGUUAGCUAGCUGCAGCUCAUUUCUGUAUCUUUUUGAUUACUAGUGUUAAUAUCACUUCAGUAAUUUAAUAAUUGUUGAGUAUAACCAGUUAUGCCGUCCUUGUUGAGUUUUAAAAGUAGAAUGCACAUGAGUAAAACGAGCUAACUGCACUACUACAAUUAAAUCCCAAAUUGGAUAGCUGCAUCGCAACGUCGCAUUAUGGGUAGCGUUCGUUUUUAUUUUCGCUGAGAAGUCAACUGUUACACUAACGAGCGGUGCACGGCAGAUUAGUUUAAUUGCGUUUUCAGUAGCCUGAUAAUGCAUAUGCCGCGGUAUGAAUGUUGGCCAUCCACUUCUAGCAUGGACAAAGAUGGCACCGAUGUCCAGCAGGAGCUGUCUAAACUCAAGGCGAAAAUCCAGGAGUCACGAGAACAGAUUGCAGUCAUGCCCGGGAUUGACGCGAGUCCAGCAGAACAGCAGCAGCAACUGGAGACUCUACAAGAACAGGUCCGAACCAAGAAGCAGCUGCUGCAGAAGUACAAAAGCCUCUGCAUGUUUGAGGUGCCUAAAGCAUCCUAAGCCAUGUGCUUUAUGAACUUUGGUGGAUGGCAGCAAGCAGCUGAAGCUUUGCUGGAACUGCUCAUUUAAGGCAUUCUGGACAUUUCCGCCCACCCAAUUUCUAAUGAGGGGUCAUACAUGUUUGUUUGUUUGUUUGUUUGUUUGCGAGUGGGUGCUCAGAUUUGUUUUUGUUUCUAAUGUGAUGCUUCAUAUGUGAUUAUUUCUACAUUUUCAUUUUUGCAAUAAAAUACUGGAAGUUACAAAAAUAA